GGCUCGGUACGUUUCACCUCGCAUACAAAUAGAGGCACGGUGUCGUCGAGAUGGCUCUCUCUGCAGCCCGUCAGCUCCCUCUUGCAGUGUUCGACGCAAGAUGGGCUACGGUGGAUACCAACUCAACUUGUGGCGAUGGAGGCCAUUGCAGAGCGAUGAAACACUCCGUCACGACAUUUCCUUUGAUCUUAUACAGACGUCUUCACAGGUUCACUACCAGACAUGCCGUGACUUGCGCAAGUCACCACCUUCGCUACCCCGUCUCCCCCCUGAAAUAGUCUUCGAUAUCCUGCAGUUCGCAGCAUGCAGCAGCACCACACGACCUGACAGAACAGUUUUAUCCAUCCUCUCACUCGUCUCUCCAAUGUGGAAGGAGCUCUCUCACAAUAUUCUGUUUCGACACGUCGUCAUCAGCUCGGGAAAGUCAUAUCAUUCCUUCGUAUCCGCCAUAACCGCAUCGCCAAGGCUGGCAUCCAUCGUGCUCGUCAUGGAUAUCACCGUUGACUUUGGCGGGCAGCCGGAUGCCUUGAGCUACGAUCAGAUGGCAGACGUCAUAUGCUGUUGCCCUAGGCUUUCUGAACUCGGCAUAUCCAUUUACGGACAACGUGGUCCUGGUCCGCGAGUGGCACCGACGAUACAUACCAGAACUUUACGACGUCUCCAUUGCGGUCCUCAGAUCCGCUCGCUCAGGUUCAACAACUGGUCCGAUAGCCCCCGCCUGCUCGAAUCGUACCUGUCUGUCUACCGCUCCGUCAAAACGAUCAGUUUGUCGGGGAUGGCGCCUGAGUUCUGCGUAGACAAUGCAAACCAGCGGACCCCCACAGGUUUAUCCCUCGAAACCCUCAUAUUAAAUGUUGCUCCGUCCGCAACGUCCUCGUGGCUAGAAGGGUUGCUGACGCCCGCCGCACCCUUGCGCUCUCUGCAAUUCUCGCGUGGCCCCGAUCCCUGCCUGCUUGAAUAUCUAUUGCGCCGGCACUCGAGUACAAUCCAGAGCUUACGUAUCCCCCAAUGCGGCUAUGCCGAAGGCGAGGUCUUGAAAGCGUGCGGUCCGCUGCGCCUGCGUGAGCUUUCAGUAGAAAGUUCAUCAAUUCGCACCGCCGUGCUCGAUGACAUCCUGGUGCCAGUUACUGUUGAAGACCUCGCAGGAACGACGGGUCCGAAUAGCGAAGGUCAAUCCGCAGCACAAGGAGUGGAGCAUCUUGCCUUGGGCGUUGGAAGCGAGACACCGCUAUGCAGAAUCAUCCACAAAUUGCGCUCCACAUACCUGCCCGGUAGAGAACACGAGCGUAGCGUACUGCGGAAGUUAACCCUCCUCCUCCGGCCGGACGGACACGAUCAUCCACUGCUCGGUUGGCUUACGGAGAUAUGCCGAGAGCAGGAGAUUGAAUUACGAUGCACGAACGAUCCGACCCUAUUCCGCUCACUGACGAUCAACGCCUAAUAUUUCCUCACCGCUGAGUCAAGAAAUUAAUCCCC